AUGUCCAUCAAAAAUGACAGUACAGUAACAGAAUUCAUUCUCCUGGGGCUCACGGAUAGUCCGGAACUCCAGGCUCCCUUCUUUGUGCUGUUUCUGGUUGUGUACCUUGUCACCCUCUUAGGCAACCUGAGGACGAUGGUGUUAAUCAGACAGGACUCUUGUCUUUACACGCCCAUGUACUGCUUCCUCGCUAAUUUAGCCUUUGUAGACUUGUGCUACAUCUCAAAUGCAACACCACAGAUGUUGACUAAUUUCUUAUCAGAGAAGAAGACCAUCACCUUUGCUGGCUGCUUUAUACGGUGUUAUAUUUUCAUCGCACUUCUCCUCACUGAGUUUUACAUGCUGUCAGCAAUGGUCUAUGACCGCUACGUGGCCAUAUGCAACCCUCUGUGCUAUAGUGUGAAAAUGUCCCGGCGUGUCUGCAUCUGCUGGGCCACAUUUCCUUAUGUCUAUGGCUUCUCAGAUGGGCUGUUCCAGGCCAUCCUGACCUUCCGCUUGACCUUCUGCAGAUCCAAUGUCAUCAACCACUUCUAUUGUGCUGACCUGCCACUCAUCAAGCUUUCUUGCUCUGAUACUUAUUUCAAAGAGCAUGCCAUGCUCAUAUCAGCUGGCUUCAACCUCUCCAACUCCCUCACCAUCAUCCUGGUAUCUUAUGCCUUCAUUUUUGCUGCUGUCCUCCGAAUCAAAUCAGCAGAUGGAAGGCACAAGGCAUUCUCUACCUGUCGUUCCCACAUAUUGGCUGUUACACUAUUUUAUGGAACACUCUUCUGCAUGUAUGUAAGAUCACCAACAUAUAAGACUAUUGAGGAAUCCAAAAUAAUAGCUGUCUUCUACACUUUUGUAAGCCCAGUGCUUAAGCCGUUCAUCUACAGUCUGUGGAACAGAGAUGUAAAGCAGGCCUUGAAGAAUGUCCUCAGAUGA